AUGCCUCGCUGUCCUACAGAUAUAGUUUAUUCCGAAAAAUAUACUGAUGGAGAAUUUGAGUAUAGGCAUGUCAUCCUACCUCAUGAAUUAUAUAAAAAAAUCUCAAAAAUUGGAAGACUUUUAACUGAAUAAGAAUGGAGAGGUCUGGGUAUAAAAGGAUCCCCUGGAUGGAUUCAUUAUGAUUAUUAUAAACCAGAACCACAUAUCCUAAUGCUUAGAAAAAAAAUUAAUUGA